AUGGCUUCCUCAACACUGCUUGAAACAUCAGCCACCGAGCCACUCCUACCAUCCUCAUCAUCCUCAACAUCGUAUAAUGGUGAAGUCGAAGCUCAAAGCUUCAAACCUAGCCGUCACGUCGAAGACGCGAUUAUUCCCGAAACAGCAGUUCUAGGACGAAACCUCUCCUGGGCCAGCGCCUACAUACUCGUGAUAUCCCGAGUCAUCGGAUCCGGGAUCUUCGCAACGCCGGGUUCAAUAGUGAAAACGACUGGUAGUGUCGGUCUAGCACUGUUGUUAUGGGUCUUCGGUGCUUUUAUUGCUUGGUGUGGAAUGAUUAUUUCAUUGGAAUAUGGGUGCAUGCUUCCACGAUCGGGUGGUGAUAAAGUGUAUUUGGAGUUCACGUAUCAGUAUCCCAGAUUCCUUGCUUCGACUCUAGUUGCUGUACAAGCUAUUUUGUUAGGCUUCACUGCCAGCAACUGUAUCAUAUUUGGAGAGUAUGUCCUGUUUGCUUUCGGAGUUGAGGUUACCGAGGUCUCCCAAAAGACGUUGGCUUUGGGUCUUCUGACGGCAAUAACCAUCGUGCAUGGUUGCUUCAUGAAGACUGGUAUCAGGAUACAGAAUGCUUUGGGGUGGAUCAAAGUCGGACUUAUCUUGUUCAUGGCACUGACCGGGAUCUAUGUGGUCUUGUUCAACGUCAAGCCUGUAAAAGGAUCGACUCCUGGCUCGCAGCUUUCUUGGGAUGGGCUUUGGAAAGACUCGAAUUGGGGGUGGGGAACCUUGUCGACUGCAAUCUUCAAAGUUUCUUACUCGUAUGCUGGGCUUCAUAAUCUCAACAAUGUUCUCAACGAGGUGAAGAAUCCAGUCAGGACGCUAAAGACUGUGGCUCCCGCUGCUUUGUUCACAGCUUGCCUACUGUACUUGCUUGUCAAUUUUGCAUUUUUUGUUGUCGUACCUCUCGAGGAGGUGAAGGAAAGCGGUGAGCUUAUCGCUGCCCUGUUUUUUGAGCGUGUUUUUGGAGAGCAAUUUGGGAAGACGAUUCUGCCGCUCGCGAUUGCUGUUUCUGCGGCAGGGAAUGUCAUGGUGGUGACUUUUACUUUGGCACGAGUAAACCAAGAGAUAGCACGCCAAGGCUUUCUUCCUCUUGGAAAAUACACUAACUUCUUCUCCUCAUCGAAACCUUUCGGCGCACCAAUGGGCGGAUUGAUUGUCCACUAUAUACCUUCCUUCCUUGUAAUAGCCAUCCCUCCUCGAGGCGAUGUAUACAAUUUCAUCCUCGAUGUGGAAGGUUAUCCGGGGCAAUUCGCAGCACUAGCCACAUCGAUAGGGCUUAUCUGGCUAAGGAGGAAGAGGAGUGAUUUGGGGAGGCCGUUCAAGGCUUGGGUUCCUGCUGUUUGGAUAAGGAUUGCAAUUUGUAUUGCAUUGAUCGCAGCCCCAUUCUUCCCACCGAAAGAUGGGAGUGCGGAUGUUGGGUUCUUUUACGCAACUUAUGCCGUUGUUGGUAUUGGACUUAUUGUCUUCGCAGUCUUGUACUGGUAUGUGGCGCUUGUGGCACUGCCCAACUGGCAUGGGUAUAGAAUCGAAGAAGAUGUUGAGAUUUUGAGCGAUGGGACGAGCGUCACCAAGCUGGUUAGGGUCAAGAACGAGUGAUACGAAUAGAACAGAGGGCAAUGGGACUGGAGUCACUUGUGUAGGACCUUUUGUAGAAUGGUGGGUAUAUUGAGUUGGCAAGCUGGAACAGAGUAAUAUCA